GCAUGUAAGAUUGGGUGGUUUUCAGAAAAGGAGUCUGAAGAACUUAUCAUUCUUGCAAAUGAGGUAGCAGCUUCUGCAUUUUGGGAAAUAUUAACGCGGGACCUAGUAAUUCUCCUUCCACUAUAAAACAAAUAAUGGAGAGCUGAGGCCCCAAAGGUACAAAGUGUAAUAUAUGGAGUUAGAAAUUUGAACUUUACUAGGAAUAGGUAGACUUUUCCUUCAAAGGAUAUCAGAGAAGGUUCUACCCACGAAUGAGGAUGGGGCAAAUACUUGCUUCCCUUGAAGUCAAGCCUGGAUACGGGGCAUAUGUGAUUGAUUUCCAAAUUUUAAAGACUACGGUACAUUCUCCCGAAGAAAAAAUUCGGUUAUUUGUAGCACAGACAGAUAGUAUAGAGACAUCUGCAUGCAUUAUAUGUCCUCCCCAAGUGAGCUUUCUUCUGAAUGGAAAGGGAGUUGACCGAAGGACUACUGUUCUAAUGGACUCUGGACCACAGUUACCAACAAAUGUGACUACAAUGCUGAAAUAUGGAACAAAUCUUCUUCAGGCUGUAGGCCAGUUUAAUGGUCAUUAUAUCAUAGCUGUUGCCUUCGUAAGUGUGAUGUCAUCACCUGACACCCCAGUGCCACCUGAUUAUGUGCAACCUGCUGUAGCUUCAGUUGACCCAGAUUCUGACAUAAUUGAAGGGCCAUCACGGAUAUCACUUCGUUGUCCUAUAAGCUAUACACGUAUAAGGACUCCCGUCAAAGGACAUUCUUGCAAACAUCUUCAAUGUUUCGACUUUGAUAACUUUCUUGAUAUAAAUUCAAGAAGACCAUCCUGGCGCUGCCCACAUUGUAAUCAGUAUGUCUGCAACGUGGAGAUCCGUAUCGAUCAAAAUAUGGUCAAGGUCCUGAGAGAGGUGGGAGAGAAUGUUGAUGAAGUUAUUAUCUCUGCCGAUGGUUCUUGGAAGGCUAUAGUGGAAAGUGAUGACCAUGUAGAUCAGUCACUCGUUAAGGCCAAUUGCGAGAAAGAAAGGACUGAGUGGCAAGAAUUUAGCAGUGUCUCAAAUUCUCUUCCUAAUGUUUUGGAACUUACAGAGGAUAACAAUGAGAUGGAGGCAGCAAACUAUGGUGAAAUAGAAGACCGGAAACCUUUGCAGGCUAAUCUUCCAGUUGCUUCACAUUUAGUUUUGCUUCCAGAAUCAAACAGAACAAAUGAUGUUAAUCAAAUUGUCGCUGGGUUAGAGGAUGAGGUUUGGUCUGGAAUAUAUUCGGGUUCCAUGUCCAUGAACUCCAGCUCUAGGUCAAAUGCCCAAAGAGUUGGUGGCAUCUCUGAAUCCAUCCUCAUCAAUCUUAUGCAGCCUCCUGUGUUGACUGGUGCUGUUUCUCCUGCACUCAAUCAAGAAGCGAAUUUCACCACCUCUAUAAUGCGGAGUCAAUGCUCUCCCAAUAAUUUUCAGUUACAACAGUCGCAAUAUGCAAAUUCUGUUGUCAACAAUGAAUAUAGGUUGCCAUCAAUAGCCAGUCAUGUGAGCAGGACUCCAACAGCAAUUCAGGCUCUGCCUGUUCAGCCUCAGGCACAAAAUCCACAGCAAAGACCAAGUUGUGUGAAUUCUUUGACUCCAAAUGGCUCUUCAAUUUCUUCUCAGAACUGGGGUCAUCAAGACCGAUCCUUCAUUUCAACCUCGAGUCAAUUGCAAAGUGCUUAUAAAGCAUCUUCUGGGCAAUUCAGUAGUUUUCAAAAUCCACACCUGCAGCAAGCUUUAAACCCAAGGAUGCCCCCGCCCGUGGGUCAAUAUUCAAGCACUAUCUGGCCAUCUUCACAGCUUGCACAGACCACCCCGAUCCUGCAAAGGGGUGCACAAGUGGGAAUUAGACAAGCAGCAGUCACUAAUAGUCACCAACAGGCUAGAUGGCUUCCUCACCAAGGUGCUCUUCAGAUGGGUAGACAGGCACCAUCUGUGCCAGCUUUAAAUCAAACGCCCAGAGCUGGGAACUCCAUGCCCAUGACUGCAUAUGGGAGACGAGAGGAAAUAGCGGACCAGAGAGGGAAUAUUAGAGGAAUGCCACAUCCAAUGCCUCAUAGUUUGCCAGACACAACAAUGGAUGAGAAUUGGCGGCCAAGACGUCGAAUGCGUGGUAGCCUGACAGGUGCUUCGUAUGAUGCUCAUAGCCAAUACAUAAUUCAGCCAACCCAAUCAGCACAAACUGUAAGACCACCAGAAAAUCCGAUUCCUUCAGCAUCUAAUCCAGCACGCCCCCCGGGUUUUAGUAUUGCAAUCAGAAAUGCCAGCAGUCCUCAAAUACCUAAUGUUUUAAUCCAACGAUAGAUCCAAGUUGGGUGAGUGGAGGCCCAAGUAUUCUGCCUGCGCACCUAUAGACAAAUCAACUCGACGCAUCUUGGGGUUUGUUACCUGCGAGUUGCACAAAGGUGGCUCUUUAUAUGGUUGAAUUGAUCUGGGAGUCAUUUUAAAUGGCUCUCUGUUCUGUGACCAACUGGAAGAUAGCCCUAGUUUUAAAUUUGGAGUAUGAACCUGGGAGUGAGGAAUACGGAAGACUGGUCUGCUAUGCGAGAGGAUAUGCUGAGUUGGCCAUGCAGAUGCAGCCAGGUAGCACUUGGUAGGAACUUGAGAUGUUCCGUAUCGUAGACUUUUAAAAUCUUAAACUCUUAAUUUCACAAUUAAAUGGUUCAAAUUGGUAUGUUUCCACGUAAGAUACAGUGAAUAUUAGAGGAAGAGUUGAGAUUCUAUGAUUUUUUUUGUUUUUUAGUAUAUUACUUUUCCUUUUGUUUACGCCCUAUCUAAUUGAGCUAUGGCUUUGCAUUAUAUUAUUUUGGCCAUGAAUCAGUUUCAAGACAAGUUCCAA